CCCGUGAUCGAAUUACAGUUUAAAUUUCGGUGCGCGCGCCUGCCGCACACGAAAACCGAAGACGGUCGAUAGACUGCGGAUUCUUCGCCGCGACUGAAAUAACAGUCGGUCUCCUCCUUCGAUUCACGUGGUCCUACCGCCUCAAACGGGCAAGAAUGUCGGACGAAAAACCAAAGGAAGGAGUGAAGACGGAGAACGACCACAUCAACCUGAAAGUGGCCGGUCAAGAUGGCUCGGUGGUACAGUUCAAAAUCAAGAGGCACACGCCUCUCAGCAAACUCAUGAAAGCAUACUGUGAGCGGCAGGGACUGUCGAUUCGUCAGAUAAGGUUUAGGUUUGAUGGGCAGCCCAUAAAUGAGACGGACACACCUUCACAGUUGGAAAUGGAGGACGAAGACACUAUCGACGUGUUCCAGCAACAAACGGGAGGAAGUUAUUCUUAAGUGGAGAGACUCCUCUUCGGGGAAUGUGUCCACACCAUUGUUUUUCAUGUUGUAAUUGUUUAUUAUUAUAAUUAUUUUUUUUCCAUUCCUUGUCCCGGCCUAAACCCAUAUUUUGCUGCCAGGCUUUUCACCACAGGCAGAUUUUACAGUUCAAGAAUUGGGAGGAUGAUAGGCGGUUUCUUGCAAACCAAAACCAAUUGUGUGUCUGACGGUAGACAUUCUUAUGAGUCUCAAUUUUUACAGGAACUUGAUGCCAAAAUCAUUUUUUUAAUCCUAUUUGUCAGGUUGAAUUCAGGAUGUCCCCCCCCCCUCAGCCCAAUUAUUUUGACGGCCUUUGGAGCAAAAUCAAUUCGCAUAAUUUCACCCCAACCUGAUUUGUUGUCUGUUUUUGAAGUAGCUAUAUUUGCCGUGAUUUGUAUCCACGUUUGCAGAGAGAGGUGCGUAUGAAUGAUGUUGGUCUGCGUGUGACGUUUCACUUGGAGCAGAUUGAGCCGAAUGCUAAAAAUCAGUCACGUCAUGUUACUGGACCAAAAAAAAAAAAAAAACUACAAACGCUAAAUAAAGUGUUCUUUUUAUAAA